UCGACCCUAAAGAGAUGUUGUGCAGUGUGCUGUAUAUUUUUCUUAUAAUUGGCUAAAUAUCAAGAAAAGUAACGGAAAAUGCUAGUAUAACUGUAAAACUAAAAUGUAAGUCUUGACUCUUGUGGAGCUUUAAUAGUCAUUCAUCAUGGUAGAGGAUUAUGUGUUCUAAGUUUGUGAUGUUAUUCUUACGAUAUGUGUUGUGCAGUAUUGUUGUAAACAGUGAGAAGAAACGAGAAAAUGAAACAUCUUACUUUUAUCUAAUUCAAGUUACUAAUUCAUGAGAUAACCACAAUGGAGCAUGGGGACUUGGUGUCAGAAAUGGCUCAGGUAGAGCAUCUAACAACUCAAGAGAGGCUCCACUUGGCUCGCAGACGGCGCAUGCAACAGCUGAAACUAUGGCAGCAGAGAGAGAAGGAGUGGGCUAGGCUCAAAGCAAAGAGAGAGAAGAGUAACAAGAGAAGUAUAUACUUCAGCGACAGUGUAAUGCUGCUCGAAGCUGCUGCCAGAAAUGACAUUGACGAAGUGCGAAGGCUGCUAGCGCGCGGAGUGACUCCAGAUGCAACCAACGAAGAUGGCCUGACAGCUCUCCACCAAUGCUGCAUUGACAACAACGAGGCCAUGAUGCGUCUCCUGCUGGAUAACGGUGCCAACGUGAACGCAGAAGACAGCGAGAAAUGGACUCCGCUCCACGCAGCCGCAACUUGCGGGAACCUUAACCUGGUCAAGAUACUUAUCCAACGCGGCGCGAACCUGCUGGCUGUGAACGGUGAUGGGAACAUGCCGUAUGAUAUCUGCGAGGAGGAACGCACCCUGGACGCUAUAGAGAGCGAGAUGGCCGCUAGGGGUGUCACGCAGAGGCUGAUUGAUGAUACCAGGGCUGCUACGGAGAUGCAAAUGCUGUUUGAUGUCGCUGAGCUGGUGAAGGAGGGAAUGGAUCUGGACGAGCCCAGGGAUAACCAAGGAGCCACUCUGUUGCACAUAGCCUCGGCGAAUGGAUACCUCAAGGUGGUGGAGUUCCUGCUGGAGCACAGAGCUUCCUCGGACGUGGUAGACCACGACAUGUGGCAGCCAGUCCAUGCAGCCGCCUGUUGGGGACAUUUAGAGGUGCUAGAACUGUUAGUGCAGUAUGGCGCCGAUCUCAACGUUCGAAACAAACACGACGAGACUCCAGCAGAUAUUUGCGAGGAAGGUGAGAUGCGCAGUCGCAUCCUGAGGCUUGCUGCUGAGCAGGAAGAAGUUCGGCGGCGAGCUGCCAGCGGCGCUGGAGACAGGCUGCGGACUGCGAGGAGAUCCUCGUCCUCCGCCUCCACCAGCAGGGUUAGAUCGGUGCGACGGACGUCACUGCGAGAGAAGCAGUUGGCAGCUAAAGCGGACGCCAGGGGAGAGGCAAGACUUCGAGAGACCUUCGACUCUGCUGUCGAUGAUGACUACCAGGGCUUGGCCAACGGAGUGGAGAAUGAUCAGAAUGCAAGCCUUUCCGCAGACAUAUCGAACACAAGAUUGUCGAUAAGCUCGACAACGUCCAACCAGAGCUUCGACUCGGAGAAUGUCGACUACGCUGUCCCCAAAAACUCCUACCAGAGACAACCGCACCGAACAACGGACAUAGAUGCAAACGACACGUUCCAACAACCGAAAAUCUCCAAUCCCCUAUUCGGCGUCAACGCCGCCUCACAUUACUCCCCCGCACCGAUCCAGACGAUACAAGAAGACAAUCAUUACGAAAGAAAUCUGCCGAACGGCAUAAGGAAAGCGCCCGAAGGCCAAGACAACGAGGCGUUCAAAAACGAAGACACACUCGAUGGUAGGAAAGAGCUUGUUAUCGCGCCAAGUCAGAUCAUCGCCGAUGGCAGUACAGCCACCUACACCACGGACAAUAAUGGUAAAAUCAAUGUUCAUGUCACCGUCAUGAUUAACGCAGGAACUCUAGCCGAUUUGAAGAAGCAGCGCGCUCAAAUCAGAACCAACGGUAGUCCCCCGGAGACUGUUUGCAAUACCAACAGUCACAGCCUGAGCUCCAUCCCCGAAGGUAAGGAGAGACCAGCCGUGUCCAACAUGGUGCCGAGGUUCUCCGGAAACACCAGCGAUGUGGUGGGGGACACCAAGUCGCGCAGGUGCUGUGUUAUUAUGUAGGCUAGUGGAAUACGUUUCGGGCUGGAAGAAUAAGAAAGAAGUGAAAAAGUCGUGAUAUUAAAGUACUAUUCUUGGUAUUUGUAGACUUAAAAAAUGUAAUGCCACAGGAUAUAUUAUAUAACUAAUGCGGUAUAGAAACUACGUACAAAUAUUGGAAACGACUCACGCACACAAACGCAGAUGUCGUAACGGCCGUUCCCAAUAUUCAGUCGUAUCUCCAGUUGUGGCUUACUUGGGAUAAAAAUGAUAACUAUGGUUGACUUUUCUGUCCCAAUAAACUUAUCGAAGGUAACUCACCUUACCCGUACACACUGUCUGUCAAUAGGACGACGUAUAGCUUACCAACGAUGAACGAAGAAGUUUGUAUGGAAAUUGCAAUUCACGCGUAUUGACAGCUGAUUACGAACAGUAGAAGGUAGUAAUUUAUCUCUAUCUGUAGAUAGUAUAUUGGGAACAGCCGUAAGUGGACAUCAAAGUACCCUCAUUUAUUUAUACCGCUUUAUUAAUAAUAAAAAUAUAAUUCGUCGAUUAUUAAUUGAGUUAUCAUUAUAAAAGCAUUGUUUAGUAAAAAAAUUCGGAAUUGAAAUUUAAAUCAUUAAUAUUGUAUAAUAAUUUAGGAUAUUGGCGUGAAACAUACAACUAAUUCAUUUGUAUAUGACAAACGGAUCAAGAAUAGGCGACAGUCCAAGUAAGUCAGUUAAACGUUUUAAAUAAUAUUUUUUUUAUAUUGGUUUUGCCAUUUACCCUCUUUUAUUCUUUCAGCCUGUUAAUUCUAUAUUUCAAGCAUAAAGAACAGAAAACUGUUAUAUUUUGUUGCGAAAAGUAUACCUUGAUUCAAACUGUGCUAACUUUUGGUGGCUAAAGCCCCAUUCCGAAGGCGUGGUAGCUUAUAAAGUCAAGUUUCAAAGCCUUACUUUCAAAGUUGGUAGAAUAUAAUAUAUAGAAAUAAUAAAUUUCAAAUGUGCCUUAAUACAUUCAAGUAAGGAUGAAGAUAGGCAUUGUGUUUUACAGUUGCAAACUAUUUCAAGCUUUGUCGUAUGUUAUUAAGGUUGAUUGUCGUUUAAUAUGAAUAAUUUGCAAGUAGGGUAGAACGCGCUUAGUAAGGAUUAGUACUUAAAUGGCGCUUCUGUAGUUCUUUCGUGUAACAUAAUUGUCGUUAUAUCUUCUUUAAUGAAACUAUGAGGAAUUGAAUAUAUUUACUAAGAAAGUGCCUUAAUAUUAUGAUAUGACAACUGAAUAACAAACCCAAAAUGGUGAAUUCCAAAUAUAGAUAUUGUUAUAGCGCCAUCUGUUGUUUGUUGUAAAAAAUAUUUAAAAUUAAGGCUUUUCUUCGAUUUUUCAAAAUAUAUUCGAAAUUGAUCGUAAAGAUUCGAUAGCGAACUGAUAUUUUUAUCUACUCAAAACAAUGUCACUUUAUGCUAAGAAAAAUAGUUUUAAAUAACGAUAAAUUUCGCGCCAAAAACGGAACCGUCAUAAACAAAGAAAAGUCAAAUGUGGGGAACAAUAUACAGUGUGGCCGAGAAGUUGACGUCCAAAGCUAAAAUUUGAAAGCCUCAUGGUGAUGAGUAUCCGAAUCACCCCUAUGUAUGUUCUACGAUUUUACGUAGUUUAGGAGAUAAUAACUUUUUUCCCUUUUUUUCAGCUUUUUUCACCUAAUUGUGAUUUAGGACUUUUUUCUAACUUUUUUGAACACUUUUAGUUAAUUUUAUUGUUGAUAAUUAUCAACUACAGUUGCAAUAACCACAUAAGAAACAAUGAAUAGUUUAGACAAUGCGGAACUAGUUUGGAAUAAUUUUAGCUUUGGACGUCAACUUCUCGGCCACCCAGCUAUAUUGAAAAUAGAAACGACCUUUCGAAGUCCGUAUCGUUGCUAAAAACAAUCUGUUUCUGUUCACGUCAGUGACCUCACAAAAUCGUGGUAGGCGUUUUCGGUCACGUGACAAUUUGAAAAUAUAAAUAAUUCAAAUUUUUUUUAUAACAACUUAGUAUUGAAUUCGUAUUUGUUAUGGUUAAAUCUCUAUAUAUAACAAAUGUUCAUAAUUAAAUUUUGUUAUAUGAAAUUUGUAUAAUGGUUCGGUUACCCCUUUUUUACAGGUAUAGGUAGAAAUUUCAUCGAACAACUACUAUUAAGUAUUUUCAACUUUAUCGUAACUCAAUAAGGUCUUGUUUUGGUUAAAUUAUUAUUAUACCAAAAAAUUGGUUUCGGCUUAUUUAAAUGUCAUGAUAUAGUGAAAAUGUUGUAAUUCUUUGCACAUUGUUUGAAUUUGGUAGACUUUUCGCAAAUUAAUUCUGUUGUUGUGCAGCGUUUUUGAUACUUAUCUACGGCUAUUUUUAACUUUAGUUGAUUAUUAUAUAAGUUUGAAUAUACUAUUGGAGCUAAGAAGUAAUAGCAUUUACCUGAAUCAAAAUCUAUGCCAUUGAUGGACCACUGGACUUGCCCGAGAUUCUUCGAGAAGUUUCUAGCUCAAUUACUGCUGUGUUAAAAUGGACGUCGGAAAGAUUUACAAAAAAAAUGGAUGUGGCAAUAUAUAAAUUUGUAAAAAUAUUAUAAUUAUGCUUGCAAAAUAGAGAGUCCUUUGAAUAUUUAUCUAAUAAGUUUUAAUUAAAUUAUUUUUACUGUAUAUCUGAUCGUCUUAUGAACAUUCCAUUGUUUCAUAAUUUAGAAUAAUUAAAAAAGAAUUAGACGUAAUUGUAGAUGGAUUACAUUGGUAUUUAAAAUGUUAUAAUUGAUGUGAUCUUUGGUGUUAAUUCCGCUAAGUUUAACAAAAUCACUCGGACAUAUCUUACGCCUUGACAACAGUUCUUCAAGAUCUGUUGGACUUGACAAAUUCGAGAGGGACUCGUGAAUUGAAAACAUUGACAUACAAUAGACGACUUCACUCACAAUCAUUACACACAUAAAACUGAAAACAAAAUUUUAUGAACGAUGCGGGACUCGAACCCGCGACCUCUGGCGUUCUGUGCGAGCACUCUUUCCAACAGAUCCAACUAAGAGUUGAACAAAGCAUACUAGAUUUUAUCAACGAUACGUCACUCGAAUUAAUCCCAGAAGUUAUGGAUAUGUCACUUUAAAAAUAACAAAUUGUUUAGAUUUCAAAGAGCGAUAUCUCAAGUCAAUUUCCUAUAUAUAUGCAAAUAUUGGGGUUGAGCAGGUUAUCAACUGUAAAGUAGAUCGUGUAGAUGAAGCCACAAUCUAAGAGUUGAACAAAGCAUACAAGAUUUAAUCAACGAUACGUCACUCGAACGGUUGGCUCAGUUGGAAAGAGCGCUCGCACGGAACGCGAGAGGUCGCGGGUUCGAGUCCCGCAUCGUUCAUAAAAAUUUGUUUUCAGUUUUAGCACUUUAGAACAACAAAUUGUUCACAAUCACAAAAGAAAAUUCUGAAGCAAAACUAAGCCAGAGUUUUUUUUGAGUAGUGUUUCGAUCGCGCUUUGAAUCCUGUCCAAAUAAUAGCAUAUACAAACUUAAAAGGUUACUAACUUAACGUUUUUAAUCAUUUUGCUUAAUUAUUACAUUUAAAUUGCUAAAACAAAACGUUCUUGCCUCGUGUUCGCGUCUGUUUCGCGCGUAACGUAGUGUUACUACUUCUAAUAAGCGUAUACAAUAUAUUAUGAACAUUACCGCCACGUAAUAAGGUGUUCAUUUGAAUGAAUGUUUUAAUGUUAUAUGUAUAAGUUAUAUAUACGUUUAUACAACGCCGCUCGGACAGUUUUUAUGACCAUUUAACAGGCAAUUAUUGUGAGUCUACUUGUUUAUUGUACGUUAAUACGUUAAAGAUGGUCAUUUACAAUAUUUUUAAUAUGAUGGAAUGAUUUUAAAUGUUUGGGAAAUUUAGUGUUACUUGCUAUAUUGAAAUCAUAAUCAUAUUUACAAAUCGAUUCACUGUUGACGAUGAGUAUUGUUUUAUAAAUAUUGUUGAAGAUAAUAUAAAUUAUUGUUAUUCGUUUACACACGUCAGUGUUAUUGUGUGAUUCUUGGUCAACUGCUAGAUAAAUAAUAAUAUCUAGUUCAAAAGAACUAAAAAACACGCUUUAAUUGAAUUUAAAUUAAAUUAUCUUUGCUAUUCUAAAAUAUCCUAAUAUUAGUUAAAUAUAAUGGUUGAAAUUUAAAAUUCACAUCAAUUCCUGCCUUGUAGAUGAAUAUUAUAUUAACUAAUAAAAAUCUAAUUUUGCAAAUUGAAAAAUGGAAUAAUUUUAUCAAGUUUAAUGUAUUGUCAUCGGUCCUCGAUAAAUAUACGAAGUUUGAACGAAAUCUGGCCGAUUAAAGUGGGUCAAAAUUGCGCCCAAAUGAGUUGGUUACCAACAAACACACAUUCAGGUGUUGCUAUGCUAAUAAAGUGCGUGUAGAAAGACUUAAAUCUUGUUUGCAUAAGCAAGGUAACAUUUUACUCCCAAACAGAGCUUUUUUCGUCGAUGCAAUCUCUAUUCCAAGAAUAUCUGUCUAAAUAGUCAUCAAUCCUUGCUUCAAUGGCAUACUUAAAUAGCUUUUUAAGUAAAAAUACAAAAAAAAGUGCAGUUAUACCUAUUACUUACAGAUAUCUUUUUCUGGCUGUUCGUAACUAGCGGUCCCUAACGGCCGAUUCCAAUAUUCAGUCUUUCUCUUACUUAAGAUAAAAAUCGUAAUCAUCGUUGACUUUUCUGUCCCAAUAAACUUAUCGACGGUAACUCACGUUACCCGUACACGCUGUCUGUCAAUGGGACGACGUAUAGCUUACGCUUUGUGUGGAAAUUUCAAUUCACGUGUCCCAAUAUAAGGCGAUAAGAAUGACUUAUCGGGUAUAAUAUUGGGACAGCUUCAGAUUACUGACAGCUAAUUACUGACAUUUGAAGGUAGUAAUUUGUGUCUAUCUGUAGAUAGUAUAUUGGGAACGGCCGUUACUCUGCAUUAGUAAAUUUCUUUUUAAUUUACACACGAUACAUAUCUGUUGAACAUUUCUUUAUCUGGAAAUCUUCGAACAAGAUUCUAUAAACAAAUACGAGAUUUAUUUAUUGAAUGCUAAAUUCACUUCGGCGUUGAUUUCAUUUUUAGCAACGGUGGAAAUUUUUAUAAAAAGAAAAUAACGGCUUUUAUGUUUGGUCUUUAUUAAAUUUGUUAAAAGAUUACUGAAUAGUAAAAUACUUUUCUAAGACAGCGUAAUGCUUUGAAUUUUUCAAAUGUGAUUUAAAAUUGAAUGAUUUUUCACGAAAUGUUGUCCAUUGAUAAUUCGUGAUAUUGGCAAGGAAUAUAAUAAUAACCUAUUUUACUGGUAUUAUGUUCCUGAUGAAACUUAUAUAUUUCGCAAUAUAUGCAGCUUAGGUUGACACAAGUGGGGGCCAUUGUGUUCAGAGUUGUGUCGGUAUUGCCAAACUAGGAAUUUAGCACUUAACUAGAAUAAAAUACAAAUAAACAGGAUGACUGGUGAGGCACCAACGAUAUUUAAGAAGUUUCGAUUCUUGUUCUAAUGAUGUGAUAAAUUCGGUACUCACUUAGUUACGUACUUACUUAGUUUAUAAAAAACAUCUGUGCAGUUAUUUCGUUGGUCAAGCGCAAGCGCCGACUGGUCCGUAUGCUUCCUCGCCCCGCGAGCAUUGCGUAUUGAGAACCGCCUCGCUCUAUAGUUCCUCCCUGACAGUCUGCUCGGCGCUCGCCCGGUACCAGCUCACGCCCGCACUAGCACCGCAGGCCAAUUACACCCGAGCUUAGAUGAAUACCGAAUCAUCUUCGUUCGCGUUUCUUCUGCUCGACGUUCUUGACUAUCGUCAAGUGUCGCACCAUUCAUGCUGUACAUAGUAAAUAACUACUGUUGUCGCGAGAUAUGAAAAAUUUCGGUCAAUGACAUCAGUGCUUGUCAGUUGCGAAUAUUGUGAGACCUUGUGUGAGCGAGACAAAAUUAUUAUCACUCACUACCUCUAUUAUAUAUCACUGGACUGGCGGCUGUCAAAAUGCUUUUGUGCGUGUUUGAUAUUCGCCAUUUUGGCGCUGUUGGCCAUGUAGCGAGAGUCUACGGUACUAAAACUAAUGAUGACAACCUCAGCAAACAUCGAUUUUGAAACUAUUUACAAAAAAAAAUGUGUACUUUAUUAACGUUGAUUUUUGAAAUAUAAAGAACAUGGAAAACGAACGAAAUUAAUUCAAAAUGCAAAAAUACUUCAGAGUAUUUUACGUUCCUUCGCAGCCAUUUUCGCCACCUAUAUUAUACGCCAAAAUUAGUUGUCUGGACGCUCGCGAGUGGCGCAUCAAAUAGGCACAAUAAAUUUGCUGUUAAACAAAUAGAACAGCCUGUCCAGUGGUAUUUAUACAGGCCAGUGAUAUCACUGCACCGCGAGAGACAAGUGCUACUGUGAGAUAAAUACUUGAAUACUCCAGUUCUAGUUACUUUUGUAUUUCUAAGUUAAGAGUGAAGUGAUAGAUUAAUUAAAUUAACAAAACUUUUUCAUAUCAAUGUUUAAGUUGUUAUUUCAUUUUUGCGUCUUACAAACAAAUUACAAGAUUGUACUAUAGUAGCUGCCAUCGAUCUUGCCACUAGGUGCCAAUCUUGAUGGUCUCUAGUACCAUAGACAAAGCCGAAAUGGAGAGUAACACGGCGCAUCACUAAUUGUAUAGUAUUCUAUUAUAGUGCGCGCGGAAGCGCUAGUCACCUUCUGAGGUAUGUGGGGGGGUGAGACGGAGGAGGGCGCGAUUGAAAAGACGCUCACGAUAUAUUAUAUGGUCGACGGCAGAAUGAGUUAGCUUGAUGUUUGUCUACCUCACCCGCCCUGCCGCUCACAUAACUCAGGCGGUGAUUAGCGCUUCCGCGUACACCACAGUAUGUGCUACCGUUCCCUGUGUAUUGGUAUUUGCCGAGGAAUGUUGGUAGCUAUAUAUUUAAUUAAGUAAUGAACAUCUUGCCAUCGGAAUGGUAUUGUGUAGAUAUUGCAUUGUAAAUACUUAGUUCUCGGACAAUACAAAAUUAAAUCGGUAUAUUUAUUUUACUGUAUUUAUUUAUUAGGAAGCCAACGUGCAUAUAACAAUAUUAAUCUUCGGACACAUUUAAAAAUUCAUUUAUUAUAAUGUUGUACACUCCACUUAUAGGCUAACUCGACAUGCACAAUAGGCAUCUAUAGAUAAUUUAGAAAAAUAUAACAAAAAUAAAGCCACAAGCAAAAGGCUUGAAACGACACGAAAGAAAAACAACAAUAACUACGAACAAUGACUAACCAUCUUGAAAUUUUUUAACUUCUUUAUUGGAACAUGCGGCUGAAAUGCCGAAAAAUAUCUAUGCCAGCUCUUUUAACCAAAUUGGUGUAAGUGACAACUAUUCUAUACAAGUGGGAUCUGCCUAGAUUCGAUUUAACGAAUCUGAUAAAAUCAUCAUCACUUCUAAUGAGCGUAUACAAAUAGACUUUGAAAAGUACUGCCACGAAAUAAGGUGUUAAUUUGAAUGAAUGUUUUAAUGUUAUCUGUAUAAGUUAAUGUAUACGUAUAUACAACGCAGCUCGGAUAUUUUUUGACGACCUUUUUAGGUCCAUAUUUGUAGUCUGGUUACAUAGAUUAAUGUUGUCUAAAAAUGAGAUUGAGAUUGGUAACAACAAAACAACAUGCGAUCGCAGUGACUGCGCGACAGUGCUUGCGCAAACAUGAGCGUUGAACGACAUUGACUCUGUGCUCGAAUAUUAGUUCAUUCAUUCGAGUACUGUAUAAUAGUAUCGCUCUAAUGCCUCGUUACUGUCGCUGCGACAGUGACGUCGGAUCCGCUCGGCUUGGAAGUCUAGCCUUUAAGGACAUCUAACUCGAGAGCAGGGGUGUGCAUUGGUUUUCUACGAGGUAGGCACUGUGGAUUUAACUAGUAGUAGUUGAGCCUUGGAAUAAGCAAAGAUUGCUUACUGUAAGUUUUUAGUAUCUAGAGUAAGGAAUGUUUUUAUGAGUGGGUGUUCAAUAGAAGUUUGGUAAUAAAACAACGAAACUAAAUUAACUUUAACACUAUUGCUGUAUUUAUUUAGGAUCAUAACAAGGUAGGCACUGCCUAAUUGCCUAUAUAAUAUGCACGCCCCUGCUCGAGAGUAUACUGUUAUCUCAAAGGCCGGUAUUCCCCUCGUCAAACAUCUAGUUUACUCCGAAGUUGCUGCGAAUAGCUGUGCGUAGUAACUUCACAGCUUACCAGAAUUUUGGCGAGUGGCAUAACGGUUGAUCUCUGGUAUUAUUGCAUGCCGUGAGCAGUGCUUUUCACCUAAUGAUAUUAUGAUAAUGCACUUUUCAGUUUGUUCUAUCUAAUAUAUAUAAAAAACUUUACUUAUGUAUAACACUCGCCUCUUGCCGUGCCUUAAAUCAUCGGUGCGCAGAUUAGUAUUACUUUUUAAAAAUCACAACGUUGGUAAUUAUGUUAUUGGUAGCAACGUGCUGCAAAAAACACACCUGGUGGGAGUUUUUGAUAUAAAUAAAACAAUAUCAUGAAUAUAAACAUUUUCAGAUGUUAUUUGUGUGAAUUCUAUAAUUGUAAGUUAUAUAAAGUUGUUCAAAUUGCAUCAGCAAUGUGAAAAUACAUAAAUCAAACGCAAAACAUUCCAUUAUAUAAUCUUUAUUUUGAAAUGUAUAAAAGCUAUUUUGUAAUGUGUUAGUUUAAGUACAUCAUCCAGUUACACAUUCGUCCAUAUCAUAGUCAUUACUAUUAAAUUAAAACUUAAGAAGUAAUUAUUAUAUUUAAAAGUAUAUAUAAUUAAAAUAUAUUAUACAGAAUGAGUAGUGAGACUCUGACGAUAUUUUAGGAGAGUACUUGGUAUCAGAUUCUCGAUCUAAUAAUGUAAUUUAAUUAGGUCCUUAAUUUUUAACAAAUUUCCUUCAAAAUAAAUGAAGUGUUAUUACCUCUACUCAAACGAAAGCGCCGACAUGUCCGUGUGUCCGCCACCCCCUCCCUACUCCCUGCCCCGCGAUUACCGUGUUGCGUAGGGUGACCAUGCGUUGCGAAAUUAAUUACUUAACUUUCGGUUAAAUUUAGUGUUUUUUUCUUCUUAAAUUAUGAUCGCCAAAUAUCACUUCCUCGAGUGUCGGUUUCUCACCCGUCAUGCUGUAUAUAAAUGCAAGUGUGAGCAAUCUUAAGGGCCUUAUUCAAGCACAAUAUUAUGUACUUCGGUUGUUUUUCUACAGUAUUCAAUUUGUGAGCAUUUACAGAAUUUGUGAUAAUUUUUUAUUACGGCGUAUAAUCAGUUUUAGAGAAAUUGUUCUGUGUACGUUUUAGUGAUGCAUAUAUUAUUAUAUUAAGAAAUGUUUGUAUAAUUCGAUAAAUUAUUCUAUUGUUUAUUUUCACUGUCUACUGGGAAAUUAAACGAAAUUAUUCUCGCUACUCUAUUUACUAGCGUUCAAAUUAUUAAAAAAAAAAAUAUUUAUGCGUGAUAUUUUUAUUUUAGAGAUACAUUAGUUUUGAAUAUCAUUGUUGUGUCUGUGACUAAAGUCUGUUCAAAUUUUAUCUUGUACAAAUUCCCUUUGAUGAUUUUAUACAAUUUGGAAACAAAAUAUUUUUAUAGGAAUACUAUUCUUUUUAGUGCCUCAGUAAUUCUUGCCUUAAAUAAAUAUAUAAUAUAAAAAAGCAGUGUACUUAAUAAUUGAAUUUAAACUUUUUACUUAACUUGCCAAUCUAAGCGUAACUUGUCUAUUCUUUGAAUUUGGUUGCAGUUUACGAUAAUUUUUCUAUAUUUAUGUACUUAAUUUAAGUAUUUAUGUUAUAAAUUCAAAAUAUUAUGCUUUACGCUCGAGAUCACUUGUAAAAGUUAUAAAUUAAUUGAAAUUUAUUUAUUAUUACUAUAGGAGAAAAAUACUAUUAUAUUUUAUUUUAUAACUGUACUUAAAGAAGUUGGCAUUUAAAAAUCCAUUUUCAGGAUAAAUCAUUUUAAAACUUUUGUGGUUUUAUAGUAUGUAUACAAUUUUAUAUAUUUAAGAAUAAUGCUUCAGUUAUCAGAAAUAUGAAUAAAAAGUUAUAAGUACUUUAAUAUAGAGGGAUAUAUUGAUUCAAAUAAGUGUUGGUGAAUAUAAUAUACGUAAUACCUUUCCCUAGUAAUAUUGUGAUUUUAUUGUAUAAAAUAUUUUAAGUGUUUUGUAUAUUAGACUGCUGUUCGAUUUUCGACUAUGUGCAGUACAAAAUAUGGUCGUGUUUCAAACAAUGCAAUAUCUGUUGUACUGACGCCUAGCUCAUAAGUAUCUUUUGUAGAGGUGGUCUAAGCCAAAAGCACACUAUUUCAUGAACAAUAUUUACAAAUUGAUCAUAUGGUCAUUGUCAAGUAUGCAAUACAGUCAAUCUACUGCGUUAUAUUCUGUUACCUGUAUGUAAUCUGUUACCCUACUUAUAAUUCGGUUUAAAAUGAUGCAAUUUUAGUUUAGUGUUUGGUUACGUGCCAACAUGUAUAAAUAAUUGAUAUAGUUUUAGUAAAAUAUGUUUGGUUACUGUCUUAUGUCGGUGUAGCUUAGCUUGGUUCUGUUUUCACCUUUUAAAGCACUUGAGAAGAAAGAAAGAAAUGAAAGGGGCUUCCUUUUUUAUAAAAUUUUGAUAAAAUAUAAUUCAUAAUUUAUAUAAACUAACGCGGUCACUUGAAGGUUUCUAUGAAAAAUAUAUUAUAACAUACCUUGCUACAAAAUACAGCGCUAUAUUUUAGAGUUGCGUGUGUGACGGACUUAAUACAGUAUAUUGACUGGUCGUACGAUUAUUAAACUUCAAUAUAUUGUUGAAACGGCUAUUGAAUGCAUUACAAGAAUAAUUUUCCCAAGGAAUAUUGCGCAAUUGGGUUAUUUUAGUUUAGUACACCUCUACUUAUAUAAGACGAGUUUGAGCAGUAGUGUCAAGUGAUUCCUACUUCCUAAAUAUUGUAAUAAAUUUGUUAUGAAUAUAAA